UCUCGUAGGUACUCAAGCGGCAACAUUCGAAGUGUAGCGGUACGAUGCAGAAUGCAUCGGCAUUAUUACAUCGUACACUGGUUGUUAUUUUCCAUGGCAUUAUUCCCAUUGUCGUGGGAAUGGAACUGAUUAAGGUUAACCAGGAGCUCAAGAUUGCUACAGCAGUUUCUUGCGUUCCGGAUCUGCUGUCAGAUUCCGGCAUCCACGGAAAAUGCAUACCACUCCACAGUAUAGAAGCAUGUGGAAUCAAUACGUUAUCGGCUUCGCGAGACUGUUCCGGAUUCGGCAAUGGUUCAGAAUGGCUUUGUUGUUACGAUAGCACUGUCUCUAAACGGAAUACUAACAAGGGGAACGGAAUAGAAACUAUCACAUCUCCAUAUCACGGCGCCGCGCUGGCACUCACGGUCCAUCAGCAAUGCGGCAUUCCCAAUGGUGAUCCGGCUAUAUUCAACAAUUUUGAAAAAGUUUCCUCGAAAAUUGUGGGUGGACUGCAAGCGCCCAACGGAAGCGGAUCAAUAUGCUGGCAGGAUAAACGGACAGGAACGAUUAACCUGUGCGGUGGGUCUAUUGUGGGCCGGCGGACCAUUAUCACCGCCGCGCACUGUCUCGUUAACGAAAUCACGGUGUCGCAGUUUGACCAGUCCAAUUAUGAUAUCAUCGUGGCCAUCGGUGUCAUCUCCCGUAACCGAGCCAAUAGCAGUCUGCCGCUUUAUCCCGACUUUGUUAGCAACUGCGCACAAACAGUGGAUGUCCUGUUGGCUAUUCCGCAUCCAAGUUUCACUCAGGCUACUAAUGAUAACGACAUUGCCGUGCUGGUGCUGGCGCAGCCCAUUGAUUUUCGCAGUCAAUCCGCUUGUGCGUGUCGGUUGUGUUUAAAUGACGUACUCGUUCCACAACCUGGAGAUACUUGUGCCACAUCGGGAUUUGGCCGUACAAGUGCAUCGUCAGCAGGGCUUGCGGUCAUACCGCUGUACUACGUUGCGCAGCCAGUCAGGGAUCCGGCAAUCGAACGCUGCUUUCUGGCACGCGAUCCAGCAACCGGGGCGAUAACGAACACCAGCACCACGAUUUGCGCUGGCGGUGUGGUUGGACAAGAUGCAUGUAUCGGAGAUAGUGGCGGUCCGUUAUUUUGCUUCGACAAGUCCACCAACACUCAGUACUUGGCCGGUGUCGUAUCAGCGGGCUCCGCUCAGUGCGCAGUUGGUGUGGGGUCGCUGUACACCAAAGUUCAAGCGUACCUGCCGUGGAUUUUCGAUACCGCACCACUUGGUGAUUUGGCAAUUAUAGAAACUUAA